GUACGGUGCUGGGAAAUUGCUGCACUCAAUCGAUUUUCUAACGCCACCGUGUUGUUGUUUUCCACCCCCUCCGGCGGUCGGUAGCGGUGACGUCAGCGCAGAUACGCACACCCUGCACACCCUUUUUCCGCGCAAGACAUUUUAUGACGUCCGUUAUCGCUCGCACUACAAGCUGGGCAGUGCUGCAUCAUCAUCACAUUAAACAGUGCUGGUCCGCGACGCGUAUCGGUGCAGGCAAACAGCUCGCAAACAUCCGGCAAUCGGUACUUCCGCAAUCAAGCAAAAGCACCAGUUUACUCGUGUGUCCCUUCGGUACGAAGUUUAGCGUGAUGGGAAAGCCAAAGGUUGUGUUCGUUCUCGGCCCACCCGGUUCCGGCAAGGGUACGCAGUGCGAAAAGAUUGUGAAAGAGUUUGGCUAUACGCAUCUGUCUGCCGGUGAUUUACUGCGCGAGGAACGCAACCGGGAAGGGUCCGAGUAUGGUGCACUGAUUGAGGACAACAUCAAGAAUGGUCGGAUCGUGCCAGUAGAAAUUACUUGCGCCCUGUUGGAAAAUGCUAUGAACAAAACGAUUCAGGCAACCGGUAACGAUCGAUUCCUGAUCGAUGGAUUCCCCCGCAAUGAGGACAAUCUGCAGGGCUGGACGAAAAAGAUGGCCGACAAGGUGGAGCAGCAGUUCGUGCUGUUUUUCGAGUGCUCCGAGCAACAGUGCACCGAGCGGUGUCUGAAGCGAGGCGAAAGCAGUGGCCGUUCGGACGAUAAUGCGGAAAGUUUGAAGAAACGGUUCAAUACCUACAUCAACGAUACGGUAGCAAUUAUUAAGCACUACGAGGAGUUGCAGCUGGUGAAGAAAAUCGAUGCCAGCGCCGGUCCGGAUGCGGUGUUCGAACACGUGAAAGCUCUCUUCGGAGAACAGAAGUAAAGGCGAUGUCAGGAAAAAUAUCCAACAGCUACUGCUGGUAGGAAGUUUGUACACGCAAUUUGAUAGACGCCCGUUGUUUUUAUAUCAUUAAGCAAACGUCCUAAGCAUCGGUAUUCGGAAAGUAAUUGUAAAAGGAUGAAAGAUAGGGAAGAUGUUAAAAUCAACUAAUGGGAAAUCGUACUGCGCUUUCCAAACGUCCUCUCAGAGCCAGCGUGCUACAUUCCUUCAUAUCUAGAAACAGAAUCCCCUUAACCUCAUUCCAGCAAAUGAGGCAAAUUAGGCGAGCUUAUUUGUGGGUUCUUUGAAUGGUUCUGGUUAAACAAAAACCAGCAUCCUCUUCUACGGAUUUGGACACGUUUUCCUUAUCAACAUUUAUCUGACCAACUUGAUGUGCGUAGAUUGCAUCCCAUUACCACACUGUACAACCUAAUUUCGGCGGACAAUUAAUUACAUUAUUGUAAGCAGGCAAGCAAAUUAGUAAAGUAUUAACUUUCACGCUUAAUUAAUUCUUGUGUCAAAAGAGCAUAACGUCACCAGAAAUGGUGCUAGCAGAACCGGGAGCGAAUGUACACGUACAUUAUGCUCUUUUUAUUAGUUUGCAGUACGUUUUUUUUUUUUGUUUUAAUACUACUUUUAAUACAAUUAUUGUGUUUUAGUAAAUGUCUUAUGGUGGGGUCCAUAUUCAACUUCACUCUUAUGUGUCCAGCUUAUGUGUUCGAAUGUGGUCAGCGGGAAACGAAUUCAAUGGAUAAUAAAUAAUAGUAGAAAUAUACGAUGGCAUGUUAUAAAAAAUACCCUUGGAAAAUUCAAGAAUUUUGUGUGU